UUGUAGGUGUAAUCCGUACCGCAGGGGUAAUACACUCCACACGCCCAGUGAGUCCUCCGCAGAUCGCAGUUGCACCGAGCUUCUCCAAUCUUCUGCCAUCAAACAAACAUGCAGCAGGGUGGAGGUUCCGAAACGGAGGUGACUUGGGGAGACCAGCAGAAUAUUAAUAAGUUUGGAAGAUUAAAUAACCGCUUUCACGAGCUCGAGGAUGAGAUCAAAAUCGCCAAGGAAACAAAUGAUAAUUUGGAGGAUGCUAGCAACGAAUUGAUUCUCACUGAUGAGGAGGUGAUUCGGUUCCAAAUAGGUGAAGUCUUUGCCCAUGUGCCAAAGGAAGAAGUGGAAGGCAGGAUAGAACAGAUGAAAGAGGUGACAGGCCAGAACUUGGAAAAACUUGAGGCAGAGAAGGAUUCCGUUCUUGCACAGAUGACUGGAUUGAAAAAGAUUUUGUAUGGGAAGUUCAAGGACUCCAUCAAUCUAGAGGAGGAUUGAUAGGGAUGAGUUGUAACUUUGUAUAAUUUCAUUAGUUAUGCUCUGAUGAUAUGAUUACUUGACUUCCUGCAGAUUCUGAUAGGUUUGGAUAUUACAGUUACUUCACCAUUGUCAUUAGACGGUAGAAUUUUUAAGUGGAUGUUCAUCUGUCUUGUUGGCAUAUGUCAUGAAUUGGUUUCUGUUUUCUGGCUCAAGUACUUUUAAACUCGUUCUGUUUCAAAGAAGUCUUUAUUCUUUUUUACUUCU